AUGGAUAACCGUGAUCAAAAUAAUAUAAAUAAUAAUAACAAGACAAAAAAUACUAAUGUAAUUAAAUCCAAGCCACCGCAGAAAUCUGCCAAUAAUGAUAAUAAACGUAAUCACUCAAGCUCGUCCAAUUCAGAACCAUCGUCACCAAAAUUACUUCAACAUGUAAGCAAAAAAUUAUUCGUGACUCGAAAUCGGUUUGAAUCAGUGGCGGAACUACAAUCUUUGAGGCCCGUGGGUAAAAUUUUUAUUGGCCCUAAUGAAUAG